AUGGGCUCUCGACUUAGCUUCUCCUCACGCCAAGAACCCACUGGUCUUACACCACAUCAUAAUUCGGAAGCCGAAAGUCAUGCUCACACAUCCGAUCCACGUAUCCGGAGUCUUUCUCACAUGCCGAUCUCAAGCGAGUCUGCAGCACGACACCCACGAAACUCCUCUGAACGUCGCCGUUCUGCUCAAGCAGACGUAGCUCGCCAAAAUGAAGCCUCAGUCAUGGCGCUGAAUCGUCUAAUUGCAGAAUUAGAAAACAGUGGACUGUCUACUGAAGACGCCCAACUCCUACGCCUCAUUCAAAACUACCGAUCCUCCUCGUCAAGUGGUCAUGAUUUCGAAAGCGGCUCGCGGCGGACUGCUCGGUCUCAGUCGCUUGCGGACUCUUGGCUGCUUGUUGACCCAGCCGGCGCCUCAAGACCACAUCCUCGUCACUCCGGUCCACCACCUCGGCAUAGGCGUGCCCGCCGCGGGAGGACGACCUCAACAACGAUACCCGGAGAGAACGAGGAGAGGAAUGAAGCCUCUACCAGCAGACCUACAGAGGGCGCUGCUUCCGGUCCAGUAAGACUAACCGCAGCCGGUCGUCACGCUCUCCUCUCUCUGGCAGCUGCUUCUCGAAAUCUUAACUGGCGCGAGGAACUUCUUCUCCUAGAUGGUGUGUUUUGAUACUCUUGAUUUUGUUACUUUAUUUGACCUCGUUCAAGUGCCUAGUACCUGUACUUCUAGUAACCACCAUCGCAUUAUGUUGCAUGGAAGUUCCAUGUGGGCCUUUUCUCCUCUUUAUAACGUCAUUCGGAGUGGUUAAAGAUAAAUGAAUAAAAGGACUGCGCCUCCACCUGCGUGUCCUGAAGUAUUGGGGACGAUUUCCACUUUGACCCUUUGCAUGUCCUCAAAGUGUACAUGCUGAAGGACUGACUGAGUUUCCUCGACGCAUUUGCCGACCAGGACGGAGACGGGGGCUGCCUGUUUGCUUAGCUGAUAACUGCCCGACUCAUUGACGGUUUAUAGAUAGUUAGCUGCAAAAUAGUCACAUCCUUGGCUCUGAAUAUGCCGACACUGACAUUACGGACAUUGAAGAAGUUCCUGUUGCCGGUAUCGAGUUGGGUCGAGAAUAUUAUCUGAGAACCGGGUUACGUUUUUCUUAAAUCUCUUAACCGCACUGGCGCGCAAGUUUUUUUAACGGCGAUUUCCUCGUUAUACGCUGAACCCUAGGCAUAGAUUCUCCACAGGUCGAGGGGGUUUUACUCUAACUUGUGGCUCUCAUGGCCGUAGGAUGCUGUAGUAUGAUUCGCAUCUAUCGCUUUGUUGAGGAAAACUAAUGAUUGAAUGCAGUUUUGUCGAGGACUGACGUUGUCGGCCAAGCAUUCACUCUCGCAUGCGAAUCUAUGUCUUAUGACUUCCCAUCCAUCCGUGCCCUCAUUUCACAAUCAGCUGUAGGAUGUCUAUCUAACCAACACUGCCCUACCUAGAUUCACAGAAGCGGUUUGCGUAAGUGUCUGGAAAUUUCUUUUAAAACAAAGCAGUAAGUGUACCUGAUGUAUCUUACUCACGUUCUGUUACUUUCCCUCUCCCUCUCUCUCCGGUCUCCGCGCUGCAGCUUUCUCAAAUUUACUGGUAGAGGGAUUUAUCUUUUGUGUUGCCCAAGCCCGUUGCCUUACAAAGCUGGACCACUUUAUUUCUGCGUCACUUCUGAAGGUGUGGGUUUUUCUCCUGCUAGUCGACAGUGGAAGUGUGUCUAGCGCUUCCUGAAAGUCACCCUGAGUACUUCCGAACAGUUAAUGCAGGAUAGCAUGAAUUUGCUGCCAGCCUAUCAUGUGCAGUCUUUGAUUAUUUCUUCAUUACUUUCUACCAUUGCGAAAGUCUAUACGUCCAAUAGCGUCAGGAGAACACCAGACAAAAGCCCCACUUCUGCACUGUUUCCCCCCGCCCAUUGCGGACCUUUAUGCUGAUGUCAGGAAGGGCUGAGCCUUACUGCGCCUUGCCCCCUGGUUGUGGUCAUGAUAGGCAAUGGAGAACUCGGCCACUACGUCCAGUUAUUGUCCUAGACACUGAUUGCCCGGCGAACUAUUUUGCAAUGUAACUUCCCAUCACAUAAGUCGUCGGAGGCGAUAACUUUAUGACUGCCUAGUGUAGUGCCCCGGAUGCUGGUCUCUCACUGCUGCCGGCGAAUUCGCUGACUCGUCUUUAUUCCCUAAAAUCUUGCCGAAAAUCUCUACAAUACCUCUUUUCCCUGUCACACUAACAUCUCUCAUUGGAUGUGACGAGCGGUAAUUGAUCAAGCAAUAAUACUGAAAGGUCGUCUGAGAGCGUAAUUUUCAGAUGACCUUAGGUCAGGCAUUAGCAUCGGUAAUUCAGCCAGUAUGUCGGUGGAUUUCGUUUCACCUGGAAAUUACGGUGUCCUCCUAAGCUCUACUCUCUACGGUCAUCGAGGUCUAGGACUGACUGAUGACCGUAAACAAGUCCUUUUCCGUGUUUCUUGCUUUGAGCUACCCCGAACCCGCUGUGUAAGGUCAUAGUUCAACGCAGAAAAAAUGUCCCAUUAGAACCGGAUGGACAUUCUGUAAUUUUCUAGUAAGUCACUUUAAUCUCACUCCUCAUAUCUCAAUCCUGCAGUUGGGUGCUCAUAUCUUCACACUUUUCCCUUUGAUUGGAGACUGACUUGGUCCGAGUCACUAGUAUGCUGGCAUCAUGAGAUCACUGAAUAAUCGUGCUGCCUCCGCCAUUUACUGCAGACUCGAGUCGCCUCUCUCUCUCUCUACCAACCUCUCGCUCUCUUAAAACGACUUGAGUGCAGUCCACACCGAUGUCGUCAGCUUGUUACCAGAAUCGACGCACUUUUUCACGCCCCCCUGCCGCAGGCCAACACCUUAGAUAAUGCAGGUUUCGUUAAGGCAGGCUAUUUGAUCUUACAACACACUGUGAUCGCAGACUUUCGAACGCGGCGUACUUUGAACCUGCCAUGGCUUCUGCUUCUGUCGAGCUCACCUGUGAACCCACAACCCCCUGUAUCUCACCAUGUCUUGACCAAGUAAGUAUGCUAAAUUUUGCAUUUCCAGUAAGCUCACAUCACAACUAUUCAUGCCGGAUUUGUUAAAGAUUAUGAUUUCUACAAGCUGUGAUUCUUGUUUCACACUUUAGUGUGGUAGAUUCCAGUUAAUUUAGUCCAUAGCUUACUUUGACUAGAUGUUUCAUCUCUAUUUUAUCAACCUUUUACUUAUGUGGCGGUCGUCUACAUUUACGCACGCAUAAUUCCAGAAGUUCCGAAUACCUGGCUCAGGUUAGCGUGGCGUUUAUAUGGGCCCCAAGGCGUGCCGUCUAUAACCUACAUUCGCAAAUUCACAACACAUCUAUGUCUACAUCGACAUGGUUCACAAAUUCUUAGGCAAAGUUUCAUAAUGUGGGGCUGAAUAAAUCAAGGCCAGCAGGAAGAGUAGCUGCACUCUGCUGAUGAUGAAAAUGAGGAAGUUUUCGAAACGUAAAUACGAAUAAAAUCUGGUCCAUGAUCUCAUCCCUUCUUUUUUGUCUUCGUCGGGGAAUGAUGAGCGCGAUCCUAACUACAUUGGUGUGGGUGACGCGCCUUCUCCACAUGUUUAUAUACCUCACUUCAUAAGGCCCGUGGCGUACUGAUGAUCGGUACCGACCGUGAAACAGCUGUCUGUAUCUGGCCUGCAGCACACUUGAUGAGCUGCCUGCGUAAUAUGUGUGGAAUGUGUCCUAUGGCACAGUGUUUGUUGUCGCCAAUAGCAAGCUGGCGGACGGACGGAAUGGGAUGGUCAAUUCUGACUUGUUAGCCGUCGUCAGCUAGUCGUACCCAACCCCGAGGUGUGGAACACCUGAGGAUCGAGCUCGCGAUCUGUUUGAAGUCCAACGCCUCUAACCAUUGGGCCACGGGCCCGUCGGUAAUAACAUACUGCCUAUCUCAUGCGUCGCCGUGCGGCUGCUGGUCUGGCUCGAGAGAGAGAGCACGCAAGGCACAACGGAACGAGUAAGUUCCGCAAGAACGAUCGGUUAGCGCCCCCUAGCAUUGUAUAUUCCCGAUCCAAACUGACAGGACAACGGGCCCGUGGCCCAGUGGUUAGGACGUCGGAUUCUAAAUAACAGGUCUCGAGUUCGGGCCCCGGGUUUUCCCCAGCUCGAGGUUGGGUAUGACUGGCUAACGACGAUUAACAGGCCAAAAAUAAUCAUGUCAGUCUCCCUUGUCUUUGCCAGUAAUAUUAUUCCUCCUACAUAUAUGCAUACAGAAGGAGAUUACCGAAGAAGAUGAGGGAGACUAAAAUGGCCAUUUCUACCUUAGUCGUCGUCAGCCAGUCGUACCCAACUCGUGUUCAGGAUGACCUGAGUUUCGAACGUGGGCCCACUGGACAUUGAACGUUAAGCAGUUCAACGCCCUGACAUUGAGUCACGAGCUCGUUGUCCUGAUCUUUAACUCCGCAUAUGCCCGACUUCGUUGGGCGGGACCCAGAUCUCACAUAAUUCCGAGCGUCAUAAGGGUCAUGCUAAGAUCCAUUGCAGCCUGAUUCUCACUUAAUAGUAGGAUCGAGUUAACUCGUCCAUUGGCCACCUUCCAAGUCGCGGCCCUUAACCUGUCGUAAUAAUUUUGCAACUUGUCCAGUCCCAUAUGGUGAGCUAAACACCUCACCGAACUCGCCUUCUCAUCCUUCCGCCAUGUGCCAGUGACUUGUCUGAGUCAAGCCGACUCGAUGUGUAGCUGAUCUCGGUGACUGGUGUGACAUGACAUCUACGCGUGUCAUAUAGGCUCGAGUUUCAGAGAGAUGAAAUGUCCCCUUUUAAUGAAUCGGCACAGUCUGGUCAUAGUUCGUUUAACCACCGACUGCCUAUGACAUAGUGAGUUCGCUAGUUUCUGGCGUUUUUCACUCAUCUGCCAGACACCUCUAUGCACAUAUCCAAUGGAAAUUCUACCAGAAGACCACUAUCAGGUAUGUGAAGGUGUGCGCCGACUUCUUGUGCGCAGGACGCGUUGUAAGCCACCUACUGCGAGUGUGCCCUUCAUGUCCUAGUCUGGUUGACCCAUGGUCGUCGCUGCCUGUCCGCUAAAACAGAGGAGCACCAAGAAAUGCGGACCAGACUCUGCAGUACCUUCGUGAAGUUUAUAAAGGCCUUUGAUGCAGUGGGCUCCGGCAAAUUAUGCUGAGAAUCGCAUGUCCGGAGCUUUUUGCGCGGAUGGUGCGACAACUCCAGGACGAAGUAAUGACUUGUGUCACGGACAGUUGGCCAGUCUCGGAAGCAUUCGCGGUGAUACGUGUCGUAAAGCAGCAGCGCUGCGUACUUGCUCUAAUCCCCUUCAGUUCGCCAUGCUGAUGGAUGCCUACCGUGAGGACCGGCCAGGAAUAAAUACUUUCUAUCGAACUGACUGAUACUUGCGUAACAUCCAUCGUAUCCUGGCGUCCACGCGGGCCUCCCUGACCAGUGUUCAUGAUCUCCUGUUCACUAAUGAUUACGCACGGCGAAACGGAUGUUCAGCGGAGCUUGCGUCUUGAAUUACUAUACGGAAACUUGAUUUACUGGGACGUUUUCUCUCCCAUUUACCUGAACCCCCCCCCUGGUUUAUCGUCGUGCGCGACUUCGGACUGAACGUGCUUUGCCAGUCAGAACUUUGUGCUGCGUGAAGUAUGUCUCGGGGCAGGCAGUGCAGAGCAGGCAACUCACGUAGUAAAAAAAACUUCCCUUCCAGUCAAGCUCAAAACACCGGCUGCUCGACAUCUCACCUGUCGACUUCAGAUCUGCUCAAUGUGAGUUUAUUGGAGAUUCCUUCCGGACUCGCGUGAGAAACCAAUUUCAUUCUGUGGGAUUGUUCUCCCUGUAUGUUCAUCAAGAGUCUGACCUUGCUGGUGAGGGGUAUUUUGCAUAAGAAGCAGCCCCACAGAGCUGCCGACAAUGUUAGACUGACUUUCGCAACAUUUCCCCUCCACGAAGCCCUGGACAGGAAACUUGAAAAGGCAUUUGACGAAACUCAGAGGCCGCUCAAAGUCAAGCAGCUCAUGACGUUGCUCGAAUUUUAUCUAGAAGUACUUACCUUUGCUGGAAUAACCUUUGAACAGAUAGAAAGAUCUCCGACCGCCCUCCCACCCUCUCCCCCUCCCCAUAUCUGGUUCAGUGACAGAACUGAUCCUACAUAAGUUAAGCAGACUGUCUUCAUCCAACAUGAGCCGAUCUUUUGCUACUGUUGCGUCGACGAUGCACGUCUACUGUCGUCAAGGCCAUGCUGCAGGAUUUCCAUAACCUGAUCAACAUUACUUCCUCAAAUAUACAAUUCAUGAGGGAAGAAUAAAAGGGACGGCGGCUGCUCUUCCUUGGGGUGUUUUUCAGGCAAAGUCCCAACAGUGAAGUGGAGACGAAGGUCCUACAGGAAGGCCAAAAAAACACCACACAAUUUGUCCGUUUCCACAGCAACGAUCCGCUGACUCACAAACGAAACUUUUGUGAGAACGCCCCUGUAAAAGGAUUCGGACUCACUACAGCAACCUAGGAGAAGAAGCAUGCGUGGCCUGCUGUGCGAAGACCUUUGUAAACCGAUAGCUACGUUUUCGCUCCCCGAGGAUCCAGAUGGAAGCACCGUCGAGGCGAUGGCGACCGGGCGCGUUGUCGUGGAACUAGGUGUUGUAGUUGUAUACCGGCUCAAAGCUACUGUGCGCAGCAAAAUCAUGAACACUGAGGAUCGACUAAACCUCAGGGUACAGUCACAUGUAGUGUGUAGUAUCUCGUGCCUAAACUGUCCUGGUAAUCACACAGGUCGGACCGAACGAAUGCACGAGUCGUGUAUACACGAGCACCAGCUGAGCGUGCGACGGGGUGGCGAAUUAUCGAGACGAGUCACGAGUUUCACUUCGCAGUCGCCGAGAUAAUUGCUCAUGCUGGAAGCAAGAAAAGCCGUGAGUUAGUUGAAACCUGGGUCUCGGAUGAGAACUUAGUCAUCCAGUCAUUGAUCUGGCGUUGGCAUGAGCAGUCACCUCCAAACCUGUGACACUGAUCGUUUAUUGGCUGGCGACCCCUGUAACUGUUGUGUGUUGUUGUUGCUGUCGUCUCUGAGACUGGACCCCUGCACGUGUUCAAAAGCUCGGAAUAUUAAACAAAUGGUCCCUGGGCUCUAUCAGUCUCCCCCUUCUUACCCGUAUAUUUGACUAGAACUCGAACGCUGGUGUUCCUCAGUGAAAUCUAAGUUCUACGUUGUUAAAUAAGCCGUAGUCGCGGAAUUUUCCACGAAGCAGCUGAGGUGCAAUUGUUCGGUACCUUCUCGAGCCCAUGCUAGACAGCCUCAUCACUAAUAAACCUCCUGUUGAGGAUUGCUGAUUUACUCAGCAGUUUGCCAAACAAUCUGACGCGCCCUUGUCAACUGGGACAAAGCUGUUUCACGAGACAUUUCUUGAAGGUCCUAUUAUGCAAAAGUCACAUUAGGGCUCGCCUCAGACAAUAUAAUAUGUUAUAUACUGGUCAUUAAUUUAGCUGAUCAAAUCUAACUGCCUGUUCCUCAAAUCCCCGUGGACGCAUUGCAUUGGUUGAGUCGUUCGUUUGGGAUUUCUACAUUCAUACUGCUCUGAAGUCCCAUCCGGAGACUUGGCUUUCUUUUCUGCCGUUCUAAGCUGUUUCCCGCCUCUUGUCUACGUUGCUUACCUUUCCCCCCUUUCAUCGCAUAAGGGCGUCACCCGGUAAAGUCCUUUUUCUACACAAACGGCCCAGUUUAGCACUUCUUGGAAGUUGUAGAGGCCUUUGAUUUCCCCUGUGAUCCCCACCCACCAGGCGUAUGCCGCUCGGCAUUGGUUUCAUUUGUAAGGCUCUAGACUUUUCAUAGUUUUCCCAACAACUGUCCUUAAUAGUGGUAGCGGAGACGCUAACCGUUACGGAACUCACUCGUCCCGUUAUGCCUUGGGCUCUCUCAGACCUCGCUAGCAGCCGCACCGCGGCUCGCAAUAUAGGCAGAAUGACAGUGGUUUGAUGGUUAGGUCGCGAGCUCGAGCCUUGGGGGUUGCAUACCUCGGGGGCUGGUGACGGCCAAUAAGCCAGUCUGCCGUGUCUUUGUAAGUAAUGUCAUUCUCCCUGUUCUUAAUCUUCGCCUAUCUCCCUGGUCGUUCCUGUCGUCUCGAAUCCUUGACCUUCUAACCGCUAGGUGCUAAUCACCCCUGCAAGAAAGGGUCGUCGCAUUCAUUUAAUAUCACUUCCCGGACCACCUCUGUGCUGCAUCUGCUUUGUUUAAGUUACUUUCUCUGGUCAGAUGUGGUUAUAUAGCCCCACCCGAAGUAAGCAAACUCCAGCCGCCUGUAAUACGGGACCGGUGGUAAUAGAGAGUUUUUACAGGUGGGACCGGAAAACGCACAGACGACGAGGUCAAGUAGUUGUGUGCAAAAGAAAACCUAUUGGGAAUGCGCGGUUGUACUUUGCGUGGUUGAGAAAUAGUCGCUCUAACCCUAACGCCAAUUCCAACAGUACUGUGUCUAUCAGGUGGGGCCACAUGACCACAUAUUACCCUUUCUCUUAUUUUAUUUGCCUUUAUUCACGUAUUCCCCUCUUAAGUCUGGUCGCUUCCAAGCCGUCGUAAAAACCUGCCCCCCCCCACCCCUCCAAGGUAACCUCGUCUUUACAUCGAAUUUUAAUAAUACUGUUUUCUGCGCAUUCCCUCCCAUCAAAGCAGCUCGCCAUCCGCCCCCCCCCUCCCGUUCCUCCACGCCACGUAUGCAUUCCAUAGUCCGCCUACCUGUAAGCAGGCUACUACUGGUGGUGCCUUCCUAGUUUUUCUACCAUUGGCUUUCUGAUACACCUGUCGUGAUUCCACACAGAGCUGUGUAGUUUUACCUGAGCCUUUUUACCUUCUGUCUAUGGAGGCUUUUUGCUGUCGAAAUGUCAGGAAGGCGAGCUUACGGUUCCGGAGGUCCGCCCCUCUCAUUUUGUUCUUUGGCCAUAGAAGAGUCCAGUAUCGACAAAAAGACUUUAGUGCUCUAAUAAUGAGUUGGCGAAAGUUUUAACAGGUCAGAGUCAUAAACGCUUAUUUCGGACUCUGGACUCUCUCUCCCUAGUAAUGUGCCAUCCGAUUAAGAUGGCAUGCUACUGAGAUGCGUAUCUUCUCACCUACUCGUGAUUUCGUCCUUUUACUUCCCUUUGCUGCCUUCAGGGGGUGUUUCUGACUGGCGUGAGAGACCGGCAGCGCGAUUUCAAACCCCCUCCCCCCCCCCCUCUAAACUCCUCUUGUUGGUUGUCAAAGCGUGCACUUUUAGCCGCUGCACAGGCUGAGCAACAAAAGUGCAUGCCAGGCUGACUAACUUGUCCUUUCUCUCUCUCUCUCUCCUUGUCAUUGGUGUGCAAAUUCGCCCUGUUGUGGAGCCCAUGGUGAAUGCCGUCGGCAACGCCAAUCGAAUUCUCAGCGCCUCUCAGUUGAUGACCGACUGGUUACCGGGCCUUUGAUGGGCCGGGCUAAAUGCAAACCAUGGCCCUCGCAGCCUGGUGUGCGCUGGCAUCUGAUUUCCCGCCAGUAGCUGCGCAUGCGCUCCCGCUGGGUAUGCAAGCCGUGUACACGGUUGCCCAGUGGCCUGUGUCAUCCUCUCCUGACUGUUUUUGUUGUUGCUUAAAAUCCUGGUCAAGUGUUUGUUGGGAACCAGGGGGGGGGGGGUAUUAGUACGCCGAGGUGUGAGCUCGGCCGGGUCAUCUACCUGCGCCCUCUCCCGCCUCCAGUCCUCUUGUUUAUGUCUUGACACCGGGUCCAGGUGGGGGAGGAGGGGAGAGUGCGGUAGAUGCUGUGCAAGUCUAUCCGCACUAUAAAGUAAUUGAUGCACAAGUAACCGUACCUACUGUCACCCUGCUAAGGAGCACACGGUGGGCAUCGACGACAACGACGGGCGAACUGUCGUAUGAGUAAGGAAAGAUGAGACUGGUCGAUCACCAGAACCAUUUAUUCAUUUUUCUGAGUUUUCGAACAGGAGUCCAUCGGUAGAACUGGCAGUGACAACGAAACAAAUGACAGCUAUAGAGACCGUGGCCAAUCAACGACCAAUGCCUCAGAUCUGGAGGUGGCUGCCCGGGGCUCUCUGUGUCGGCGCCGGACCAAUACAUCGACUGACUACUUUGUCAUCCGAGGCCCAGACAACAAUCUUGCUUCUGGCUGUCAUGAGGAGGUAUCCUGGUGUAGGGCAUCUUGUCCCGUGCUUUAAUUGUCCUUGUACUUAUACAGGUCAUACCGAUCACAUGCUCCAAUCGUGCAUGUGCGAGCUUAAGUUGGCUGUGCGAUCGAGUGACAAGCCAUCACAAGGGGUUGCCCACACCUUUAAAACAGGUCACGCGUUCAAAUUCGCAGUCGCCAAAAUAAUUACUCAAGCUGGAAGCCGAGUGCUAAUUGUAACCUGGGUCUCUGGGAUGAACUUGCUCAAUCGAUUAUUGAUCUGGUACCGGCAUGCAGGACCCUGCGCAGUCACCUCCAGACUUGAGACACUGAUCAGUGACCCCCUGUAACUGCCGCUUGUUCCGUUGCUAUUGUCAUCUCGGACGGUUGACUGUUGCACGUUUUCGAGAGCUCAGAAAAAUAAACGCCGGUGCUCGGUCGGUCUCUAUGCUAUGUAUGCUUUAUUCGCUACGUUUCUCUUACAGCUACCUCACCGCCGUAGUUCACUUCUUACCUCUGUCAACAGUUUAUACGACCUGGUAUACACAUAACAUAAAUAAGUAUAUUUUUUGUCUGUUGGUGCUUGUUUGGAAUGUGUGCUCAUUCAUACUGUUGGACCCUCAUCAAGAAGCCGCUGAAGCGCUCUCUGAUAUCAUUUUUUUUCUGUUCCUCCUCCAUCCCUAGGCGCUGAUCGUCGUUGCAUCUUCUGCAAGCGUAUUGUCCCGCACGAUGAAUACGAUCUGCACUACGUCAUGUGCCUCACGCGUCCGCGGGUCACCUACAAUGGUACGUUUCCUUACUUGAUGUCUGUCAUCCAAAGUUCGAUGAAAGUAUUUGGUGCCUGACGUUCCAGGCUUACCGUCCGCUAUUAAAAGUCAAAUGAAGCCGGAAACUUGCCGAUUUAUGGCACAAUUAUCUCCUCCUCUGCUUUCUCCGUGUAACUGGCGUUGUCAGUGGAUAUUUGGUCGUCAAAACAGCCUAGAAGGUUUCCUGUGCGUCUCAGUCUACGUGUAUCCAUCGCCGCCACCGUUGGUGUUAGAUAUUUCAGGUGACCCGUGGUUCGGGAAGGAAAAAGAUAUGGUUUGGGGCUAAGUUGUCUCCACUGACAGCUAGACGCCGCCAACGUUUGUAAUUGCUGUCAGCCGGAAGGAAAGUGGCAUCAUAAGUCCCUGCAUGUCGCGCACGACUUUCCCCAGCCUAACGGGCUGUGUGUUCGACCGUCUCAGGCGUCUUCGCAGCCCGGCUUGGGAUUUUGUGUUCUGCUAAAAGUAGCCGUUUUGUUGACGAGUUGUACGCCAUUCAUGUGUGCCGGCCGAUGCAUACCAACCGAAUUCUUGCAUUCACACUCCUCUUAACCGAUUGAGGGUGGUUUGGGAUGUUUUGUCGCGGCUCUUCCAUUAGCUUUGGAGGGAUUUUUUCCCAGUGAAUAGUCCCCUCUGCCAUGCUAUUCUGUUUUGGCAGACUAGUUUACAAAAUUUGACUCGUCUUAACGUAGUGCCAGUUAUCAGCCCUUCUUGUCUCCAAUUGCAACGUCAGAUGUUAUCCGCAGGGUCGACCUCGCCAUCUCCCACUCUCUCUCUCUCUCUCUCUCUCUUUCUCUCUCUAUCCCCCUGCACGGAGCGAACUCAAACGCAAUGGCGGGUUAAUAGCAACUCGAGUUGGCUAAACACCAAACAUCCUCGUUAUCUCUCGCAUGCCACAGCACGGUUGGGCCCCUAGUCGGCAAGAGCCACGACAGUUCAACCGUCGCGACCGGCGAUGUCCACCGUGGGCUCCACAGUGGGACGAGAACAGGGACGGUGACUUGCGCAUGACUUCUUUUAUAGUGAUAGUGGGCUUUCGCUGCAUCUACCGCACUCUCUCCUCGUCCUUCCCUGUCUGGGCCCAGACAAAGUCAGAAAGACCGAAGGCAGAAGGGAGCGCGGGUGGCUGGCACGACGAUUUAACCCGCACCUUGGCGUACCACCACACCCCCCUGGUCCACAACAGACACUGACCAGGAUUUUAUGGCGCCAAAAAAUAGGAGAGAGUGCGACGGCACGGAUUCCAAUUGGCUCGGAGUAAGUCUUCAAAUGGGCCUGCCCCCAAAUCCCCCAGAAUGUUGGCAUUGCUUAUGGGGUGCGCAUUCCCCAUAACGCCUCCCGGACUCCAGCCCCCUUGUUGGUCCAGUGCAUCUACCGCGUAGCCUGUUUUAGGGUAAGCGCCUCACUUCACGCCCUCGAGUCCUGCAGCCGACAGAAUCGGCACAAGGGCACGCUGAAAAGAAACCACUGUCAUGCAACUCUGUCUGUGAUAUCUCACGGGUUGGCAACCGCCGAAGCCACGACUUUUAAGGCGUCCUGAUAGCCAAAAAAUACGCGCUGGAUGUGUUUCAUUGGCGAAGGGCCACACGACAUUGGGUGCACUCUCAGUUUUCCUCCCUUUUUGUACACUGUUGCUAUCAACGCAAACAAGUCGCGUUUUUUGAGCUCUGGGUUUUUUCUGUGACAGUUUAUUUUCGCCCACUGCAUAAUGUUCCGCUCCUACAGUAGGUGGACUAACUUAUGAAAUGUCAACCGAAAUUUCGAAAUGCGCUCUCGUUAUGAAAAUAUUAAUUAAGUAGGGUUGUAAAACUAACCAUCACGUAGCAUAAUUCUAUAAUGAUCCAGUUACCUCAGGGUGUCGGCUUUUGAAUGGACUUAUUUUCAACUGUAUGCAAGAACUAUGCAUGCAUAAAAAUAUUCAUUCUUUUACUUAUUCGGUAGGAAAUCACGUCUUCUUCCGAUUUUAUAGUCGAAAGGAGAGUAUAAUUCGGUUUUAAAAAACUAAUUCCCGAAUAAUUCUGAACCCGACCUGCUGUUACACUUGCAUUCAGGGUUCCAAAACUACAAGCUGUAUAUUUUCCGUGUACGGAAAAUCAUGCAUUUCUCUGCGGUGUUAAGAGGAGACUAUAUGAGAUUCAUAAAAUUAAGCAGUGGAUUUGAGCACUAUUGUUAACUUUACAAGCCACAUUCGUAAAUGCGAAUACAUGAAGUUUUAUGAACGGCCAUUUCGCGGUAUUAAAAAAUCUCACAAUUGGAAACUUUUUUUGAAACCGAACUACACCCUUCUUUCGGGAAUAAGAUUGGAAGAAGACGUGAUUUUCUACCGAAUAAGUAAAAGAAUGAAUAUUUUAUGCAUGCUUUCUAUGAGAUAUAAUCGAAUUUUUUAAGGGCAUCGAAAAUAAAGGAGGAAACUGCAUGCCUAUUAAGUAGUCAUUUUUUGUAGAGGAUAGUUCUUGCAUGCAGUCGGAAAUAAGUUCAUUCGAAAGCCAACACCCUGAGGUAACUGGUUCAUCAUAGAAUUAUGCUGCAUGGUGAGUAGUUUUACAACCCUACUUGAUUAAUCUUUUGGAAACGAAAACGCAUUUCGGAAUUUCGGUUGACAUUUCAUGACUUAGCCCAUCUACAGUAGACAGUUUGUCGAGAGUAAACCUCCAAGCACGGUUGGACGCGCUUUGCCUAGCCAGAGAGCGGGGGGAGUACUGCCCUGUAGCACACGAUGUGGGAUCCACUUCUGAACUGCCGUCAUUAGUGCACUUCCACCUUGCCACAUGUAGGCAGGGAUUCAUGCAUUUAAUAAGUUGGGGUCAUUUUAAAGGCUCGACACUUUAUGGAUUUGGGGUUCGGGAGGUACGCAGACAGCCUUCUCUGCACUCGUUCUCCCUUGUUUGACCUUGCUCCGAUUCCCAGUAGGUCCUCUGUUAUAUUUUGACACGCAAGUUAAGUACCUCGAUUAUGAUACCGGUUCAUGCCGUCAUUCUGCAACACGCGCGAGUGAGUUGCUGACUUCCUGAUCAGCCACUUGACCUAAGUGCCCAGUUGGACUUCCUAUACUAUACUCUUCUAUUGAAAAUGCUAGAUGUGAGGAGAGAGCUUGAAAUCAACCUUCCAUGGGUCACAACCGCCCACCCCUACCCCAGGUUCUUGCAGAUCCCGAGGCGCAAACCGCUACACGUGCACGCCCCAUUAGCUGAUGAUGAUGUUAGCGUCGGGUGUGCCAUCCAGAGAUGGUCGUUGACAUUCGUUUACCACCCUGUUCAGUAGCUGUCUCUACCAAUCUACUGUUCUCGUUUAGUUUUGGCACUCGGCUCCUUCGUUGUGCUUAUAAUAUGUUGUUGACAUUUUACGCGAUCUAAUCAGAACCCAGGACCGCAGGUCUUCAUUACUAGACUCGUGGCUGAUUUCUGUGCUACUAACUAGCGCCAGCUGUGGGCGAAAGGUAGUUUGGCGCUUCAAACUCCUCUCCGCACUUUUCUUCUCAGGCCAUUCUUCAGUGACCCUGCCCACACAAGUUCUGCUAAAACCCCAUGAGCAUGUUCAAUUCGCGUUUACUUUGGUCUGACGAAUUUUUGUACUUUGCUCAUAGUAUCACUAGGCCAGGACCAGUCGGAGUUCCUAUGAGAAAUGGACCGGCAAAUUUACCCACGAGCUGAGCGCUUGCUUCAUCGUAGGCUCAACCAGCCGGUCCAUUGUUUUUCGACGUUGACUGCUGACCCACUGUUGAGGCUUUGCUUCUCGACGAUACCAGCUAGUUAUACGCCUUCAGCCCACUCGGCGGCUUGUGCUAUUGAGACAUUCUCGCCAUUUUCUGAGCAUUGCCAGCCGGCUCUGCUCUCUGCACACUGCCCACCUUGGUUGCAAAUCCAUCAAUUAGUCUCCGAACCUGCUGCUUCUGUGUACAGUCAUUCACUUCUUAGGUCGUAAUGAGGUCCGAAGAGCAAAAAAACGGUUAUAGAGGCAGCAUUUUAAUAGCCCGGUUUUACCAACGCCCCUAUCAUUUAUAAAAAAAAAAGGGGGGGGGGGGGAGUUGGUAUGAUACCUGUGUGUGUUUAUCGUUUCCCGUUUGGUGUCUGAAGUGGGAGAGUAGCCAAGGUUGGGUAUGCGGUUUCAAUGGCCGCCGCUGCUGCCACCACUACCAGCACCGAUGUUUGCAACCUGAAGGAGAACUGGCUGCAACCCAUAGCCGUUGCGUCGUAGUUACUACUUUUUUGCUCCGCUUGUUGGUGGCGUUCAUUAGACGGUUGAUAGCCACCAUAAGCCUGCACAGCACGCACGCCCGGGCGACGGACCGAUCCGGACUGUGCUUUGCUUCUUGCGCCAGCAGAUGCAGCGAUGUCGUCAAGCCGGCAAAGUGCAUAGGCGCACGGCCGCUGACACAGCAAGUCCAGAAAAGGUAGUUGGCUCAGCGCCGUGGUGUUGCCUCGACGUGUUUGUACUGCACGCACAUUGGACAUAAUCGUGCAGGCAGGGAUUGUGUUUGCAUCCCGUUGCGCACUCUGUGUUGUGACUGUGGUUCAUCGUCUGGCCACGGCCACGAGGGGGCACAUUGUGCACAUGUUUGUCUCCAAAACGGGUGCGGGAGAAGGCGGGUGUUGAGGUGUCAGGCUGAGAGCCGUCUGGAUGAAAUCGGGUUUGUUUUGGUGUAGAAAUGGAGGGUGGAGGGGGGGGGGGGUGUCAUGGUCCGCUUUGGUCAAGAAUUGGCCUCGCUGUUCAUCAGGCGUCCUGAUUUAUUCUUUCAACUGGAUCACAGUAUAUGGGAGACAAGAGAAUGAGACAUAUUAGCAGGUGUCUGUCGGCGGAUUUUAAUGAUUCAAUUGUGGGAAACUCGGCGAGAUUCGAACUCGCAAUAGGAAAGGCACGGCAGCCAACACUCUAACCACCCGAGUUACGAGGCUCCACUGGAAGCCGUCAGUUUAACCAUACUGGGAUCAAUUUGCUCGCCUGCUUGGGCAGUCUACUUACUGUACCAGUUUUGGUGGAUCCCAUACGUCGCGUUCGGCUGAGCGGGUCACUUGACACAACAUGUGAUCAAACUCCCGAUGGGUUAUCGUAACUCAGGUGAUCAGAGUGUUCGUUGUACCCAAGCUUUUACCUUGCUGUGUCGUAGGUUCAAAUCCCACCGAAGCCACCGAGUUUUCCACAAUUUAAUGAAUAAGACAUAUCCUGUGCAGCCGAUCCUCACUGUAAUUUUACUGGCACGUGUCUCAACAACCACGGUGUCAUUAUACUCGUGGUUUUAAAGGUUUAUGAGGAGUGUUGAAGUAAUUCUUUAGCGAGUGUCACUUUGUGAUAGCCAGCUUAUUUUUCAUAGAUGUUUUGGCAGAUUUUGAAUGUGAUUAAACUCGCGUCGUCCGGCGAGGCCUCGUAGCUCAAGUGGUUAGAGCUUUGGCUGUACUAAAGCCCUCCCCUUAGUGCGUGGGUUCGAAUCCCACCGAGGCGCCGAGUUUUUCACAGUUGGGUCACUAUCAACCUCAUUUUUAUAUAAUUUUUGCAGGAACCCCAUGAAUAAGAGAGAGGGGGGGGGCAGUUCUCACCCCCUCGUUCUCUCUCGCCCGUCUGAGCUCUGCAUUGCUCAUCUCGUUGCGCAAACCGCUCUAGUGCCAGCUGGUCACGUGACCGCGCCUCCUUUUUUUCGGAUCGCUGUCAGCACUCUUGCCCUUCUACACACCCUUGCCUGCCCUCAACGCGUUGUUUUCGCAUUGUGUGCUUGUGCCUGUUGAGUUUUUGGCAAUCAUCGAUUCGACACCGCUAGGCGACGUCCACUGCCUGGUGGAAGUUCACACGCCUAUCCUCUGCUCCAAAGUCCAUAAAAUAAUGAUUGAAAUUCCUCCGAGGGCUUUGAGCUCGGAAUUUUACUUGGUGUAGGAGCUCCGAGCGAAGCAUAGUCCCAAGCCGAUGAUUCUCACGUGGUUGCACUCUGCCUUGAGGCAAAGCCGUAAGUCUGUCAUACUAAGCAAACUCCUUUCUACCAGAACGCAGUAGACGGGCUAUCUCAUGAAAGGUUAACCGACAUUCGUGAGUGUGUUUCCGACUAGAAAGGAUUACUUGGGUGGGGGGUUAGCAUUGAUAAUCAUGCAGCACAAUCCCACAGUAUUUCAGUCACGCCAAGAUACCGGUCUUUGAAUGGGUUUCAUUUUGGCCGCCUACGUUAAACCGCACUCGGCAAAAGUUGCCGCUUAGGUAGUUUGAAUUUUCCCGUUUAUUUUUGAUGCCCUUAUAAAUUCAAACACAUCUUGUAGAAAACAUGCAUGAGAAUAAUCUUGUACCCACUUGGUUAAGAAUUACGGACGAAGAUGGAGAAUGUGAGUCUACUGAGAAUAUAAAGCCCAGUAACUCUUGCAAUACGGGAUGGUAACAUUCGUUUUAUCAGUAGGGUAGAUGGACGCGACAGUCAACGGAAUCGGCGCAAAGCACGGAUAAAACUCGCAUCUCUGCCGUCUGUUUGUUUUAUUACUCUACGGCGGUCCCUAAAGAUGCAAAUUAUGGGCGUGCAAACAGAAGGAAAACAGGCGAUCCUAGGCUAUUGUUUUUAAGAAUGUUGGAUUGGUUAAGACUGUAUGUGGCAGGCAAACUUCACUCUAACCCCAAUUUUUGACCCUACACUAAUCUUAAACCUAACUAAGACCUCAAACUCAACCACUCCCUUAACCUGUAAUGCUAACCCCUUACCGAAAAAUCCUUGCGCCAGCCCAAAUCCUAUUUCUGACUCUAAAUGCUAGCCCUAACCGCAAAACCCUGAAUCCUAACUCUUAGCGCCUCACCACAGUUAAACACAUGGCCUCUCAUGCCUGCCUAAAUCAAAUAAGUAGGUGUGUAUUACUAAUUUAAACUUGGGUUUGCAUAAUCGUUGCUGAAUUACGUUUCAAAAAAGAUAUCUUUCGGUUUUAAAACAGUUUUUUAGAUCUCGAAUCAUUUUGAACCGAGCACACAGCUGUACGAGCGUCUAGGGUUUCAGAAGGUCGCGCUGUACACUUUCCGUGAAGGGGAAGUCAUAUAUUUAUCUACAAUGUUAGGAAGACGUCAUAUAGGGCCCAUGAGAUUCUGCAAUGGGUGUGGACUGUGUCGUGUGCUUCAUAAACACCUUUAAUAAAUGUUCUGAUGCGAUGCUGUAUGAUUAGACAUCUCACGACCUUACGAAACCCAUAAUUGGAAACUUUUAAAACCGGAUGUCACCCUUUCUUCGAAUGCAAAGUUCGAAGAGGACGUAAAUCUCUACGAAAUUGGUCUAUGCAAAAAUACUGCGUGCGUGUUUUCUGCGAGAUAUGUUUGAAUGUAUAGGGCCCGUUGCAAGUCGAUGGGAAAACUUUAACACUACUUAGGUGGUUAUUUUUACCAAGUGUGGUUUAUGCAGCUGGCCGGAGGGAAAUUCACUGAAGAGUCGGCAUCCUGAAGUGACUGGAAUGUUGUGGGAUUAGCCUGCAUGAUAAUCAACAUUUUAACACCACUUAAGUAACCCUUUCUUAUUGAAACUACAUCUCAGAAUUUUGGCUAACAUCUCAGAGAUAGUCACUCCACUAUAUUUUGAAGCGGUGCUUGUGUCUUGUUUGCUUUCCACCUAUAUGUUACUUAUUUCAUAUUUUUCAUAUCCUCAAUAAGGGGCCUCUUGGCACUCAUAGACUAUUGCGGUAGAUACGACCCACUCUGCAUACCUUCCGAACGUCAGUAGGAAGCCUGCACGUACAUAGGUUACAUAAACGAGUACCUGUGAGUCGAAAAAAUGCACACUUUACAAAUGCUGGCGUUAUAUUCUUAUUUUAAGUUCAGCACUUUAAGUAGACGUAAGUUCCAACAGAAGAAGCACAGAGGGUGCACAUAAUUGCUAGAAAAUAUGAUGGAAUUCACACAAGCGAUGUAAAACAACGCGGGAAGUCUGCGCUGCUCGAACUUUUUUCGUCAUUCGUGACUGGUAAAAUUCUCGGUUGGGGAUUAUAUCUUAUGCCGAUUAUGUGGGCACGCUCAACCAAUCAGCCUUUACGUCUGAAGUUCAACCUAAAAAUUGACGUCAAUAUUUCAUGCAAGUUUUGGCGCGCGCUGCAUCCCCAGAAUGCUUUUGCCCCCCAUUCACUGCCUUACGACUGACCGUGUAUGCUGGUCUGUCUUGAAGUCCUGCGCCUCGGCAAAUUGAAUGUUCUACAUGUUGUCUGCUCGACUGUUACCGAAAGGACUUUUGGCCGCCCCCCCCCUCUGCCCUCUGUAAAGGGGGGGGGACGCCUCAGCCUUAAACAAAGAAAAAACUCAGUGGUUGACUUACAAGAAGGAGGCGCACUGAGACGGCAGUUAUGUCGAACUCUCUCCACUGCCCUUCGGCUAAUGCACUAUUCGCUGACCGGAUGACGAAGCUACUUUGCUCCGAGAAAAAUCAGUCUUGUCGGAUAACACCCAUGCCAGUGUGGACUUUCAGGUGCGUCGGUGAGAAGGUUCCACUAUUGGUGGCUCUAUGACUGUCGUCAAUCUACAGGCUUGCCUUAUCCUAGACGCACUGCACAUCUCAUACUCCACCCACGCUCUGAUUGAUGAUCGGUUCGAGCAUGAGUCUGAAAUGCCAGACUGAUGAAGCUCAUGUUUCAGCAAUCAAGUGCCUUCAUCAUAAAUGCUACCAAGGUCAACAUUAUUUCCACGUCUACCUCAGCCGAAUUCCUCUAUUUGUUUUGCCACUGUGCUAGGGAAUCGGGUUUCGCGAACUGCACGCUUGCAGCACCAGGCACAGUGGCCUUUCAUGGCGUCAUCUUGAAGAAGCGAUUUCUGUCACAGCUGAAAUUCCGUCUGCCAGUCGUACUUUGUCAAGUAAGGCUGCAGUAUUCCUCCGAGACGACUUUAUUACGUACUGUUAUUGCUUUUCCCAGUAGCCUUUUAAAGUCAAUCUCAGGAAGGAGUUGGAAAGAAGGGAAUUUAGCUUCAGCAGCCAGAUAUAAAACAAAGAAUGCAGUAUUUAUGGAUGUGUUUGCCGCGCAUUACCAUAUCUACCAAGACUCGUGGCCUCCACACCAUCGUAAUUGGGAUGAUAUUGUUUUUUUUCGAGCUAGUUCGUGUUCUGUCUGGCGGAGAUUUCAUCCUUGAUGAUGGUAAUUGGGGUGAUGAUUAGCUGACCGGUUGACUCCUCCGUAUUACACGUCGUUCUCGAGCAAAACCAGGUGUUGGCGGUCAAGCGCUCUUCUUCCCUGAUGUGGAUUCAUGAUGAGGGAAGGCGGGAACAAUCACCUGGUGUCCUUUUAUGCGCACGCAGUGGUUCGGAAGCCAAAGUAUUCAGGAGGGCAGCUAACUGUGAGAUUACGGAGCUUCAAAAGUAACCACCCAAUCAGCCACAACCAUGGUUGCUGCAUGAUAGGAUCGUGCCACUUUUUGCAGUCUUUUCAGCGGAAUAGCAUCUACUAAACUACGCCAUUGGCUGGAUUCGCGGAAGUACCCUGCACAGUUUUCGUACUUGGGUGUCCGCUGACUGGUCUUGUCCACGCCGAAUGUAUCUCUCUGCUAACCUCAAGCUUCGAUAAUUUUCAAUCAGUGGUGUCACGGUUGAACAGAAUCGAAAAAUCGGUCAGUUUAUCCAUAAGCAUCGGGAAGCCGAAAGCGUUUUUGAUAUGAAUCCCCGAUCAGGAGAACACAGCCUUUGCCAUCUUGAAGAAGUAGAUAGUUUCAUACAUCCUGGGGCGAAUUUGCUGCUGAAUGGGCAGACAUCUAUCCUGAGUCGAUGCUGCUCGCAGACUCUUCACUAUCCCCGGGAGGUGUCUAUACAGCCGGUGGAACAUCUUCAUCGCCGCAAAAAUACACACGUACCGGACGUCCGCCCUGUCUCUCCGCCUAUACGAUUGUGAAUCCUGGGUUGUGCGCGUGCAUGAUGGGCUCGAGAAUAAUUCUCGGAAUAAAGUAUGCCGACCGCAUCUCAAAUGCUGGAGUCCGCACUCGCUGCGCCAACAUCGCGAGUAUACCUGAGGGGCCACCCAGGAAAGACGACUGGAGGGGAUUUGGGCACGCUCUUCGUCGUCCGCCUCAUGAACUCAGUUCUGCUGCCUUCUAUCCGGCAGCGUUGCCCAUCUGGAGGCGUCGAGAGAAGGUGGACCGAAAACCGGACUUGACACAGUUCGCCAAGACUUGACGGUAGUGCUUGGACCUUCUGUAUUCGGCCUCCGUCGCUGGAAGAGAUAAUGCGUUGGGUUCUCUUGAUACGCCGCCGCAUAUCGUCCCGUAUGAUGAGGCACAAUCCGCGACAUCAUCGAGACCGGCUUGAUCAGGCCUGAUCCAAGCUGUAUCAAGUGCAGGUACUGAGACAGGACCUGCCACCACGCACCCCUAACGCCUUUUUUCACAUUCUGAUUGUCCUGCUGUCCCGUUUUCAAGCAAAUUUAAAUGUUCCGUGGGCCACAUCAGAGCGACCGUUUAUUAGGAAGUAAUCCUGGGUUUUUGCUCCGACGCGAACUGUCGCCAUCAGUUUGCACACAACACGAGGUCAGAUUGUCUGUGAAAGUUUCGUGGUUACGCUUUAGGGGCUCUGUGGGUUACGUUUUAUUUUCCAGUAAAAAAUCCUUAACUAAGUUUCUGACUUCUCCCCAGGGAAGGGAGAGAAAAACCUGACGCAGGAGUCGUCCACCAAGUCAUUUGUUUAGGACACUGCCUAUGCAUGGCUGACUGGCAUCGGUAGGUAAACUAUCCUAGUCUCCGCUAUCCUUUUUGAUGAUACUUCUCAAUUAUGGAUGGCUUGUCUCUAACCGAUUGCCUGUCUACGGGGACUCCGUGGCAAAGUGCAAAGACCCAUUUCCGUCGCAUAACCUAGGUAGAUCAGUUAGGGCAACUUCCAUGGGACUUGGAAGGACAUUGUAGGAAACGACGGUCAAGCUCUCUUGUCGUGGUCGGACGACGGAGCAUCGGGGGUUUUUUUCACUAGUGAUUGUGGAUGCUGGAGGUAGAGUUGCCGUGUUAUUGCAUUGUGUCAGGAGAUGUCCGGUGAGACUGAUCCGUGCGCGGAACUUCUGUUGGCAUCAGAGACAUGACGGAAGGAGUUGCUUGUUGGAAUUGUUACUCCGCGAGAUUUGAGACUUGCGAGCCACCCUCGCGGCUUUGACAGCUGCGAUCAUAUCGGCUUUGUACUAGAAACAAAACGAUCCAUUAUCUGCAGAAAUCCGCGAGCCAAUGAAAGAUCUUCGAUUUAUAUUUAAAUUGAAAAGUCAAGUUUUCGAACGCACGUUUUCGGUAAUUCUUCCUCAGGCCAAUACAAUUACAUCAACGAAUGAAAAUGUACAAAAUCAACAGUGUUUAUAGAUGCCUCAAGGGCUAUUAAGUCACUAAAUGUCCAUGCGCAUAAAAUCCGCGAAAGGCGAAACGUGAUAUAUCGAGGGAUUACUGUGCAUUUUAUUGUUUCCUCAGUUGGCGUUGAUGCGUUCGCCCUCACAGGUCAUAAUUUUACCGCCUUGACGUCAUUUAAAAUCUGCGACUGUCCUUCCUCCCUCAUGUUGUCUAAUACGAGUGUCCUCCCCCCCUAGAACGGGCCACGCUGGACCAGCACAGGAACUAGCUCGGGGUCCGCCAUGCAUUAUUGGGCUAUGCAUACAUGAGGGUGUGCGGUUGCACGUCAGACGCAGGCCCACGCCGAUCCCGCUCCCGGUCAUCUUGAGUCAGCCUUGACACCGGGCCUGGGUGGGUGAGGGAGGAGAGAUUGCGGUAACUGCCGCGCAUGUCACUGUAAACUAAUGCACGCGUAAAUCACCGUCCCAGCGAGUCCCAGGUUCUUGUUUCAGAGAAGAUGAACGCGCGGCCACUGGGAGAGUACAUUAGUCGGAGCUUUUGAUCUCGUACAGGAGGCCAGCUUCAGAGAUGUGAAAAUGCGGUGUCAGAUAAGCAGUUUUUGUAGUAGGGGGUAGGAGUGCAGGGGGUGGUGUUUGCGACAAAGCUAAGUCCACACUGUUUCACGGCGGCGUGACUGCGUGCACCCUUGGCUGGGAAUCGGGUCUCGCCUCUUGGCCGCGGGAACGGAGCGCGUGAUAGCAGGGGGUAUAUCAACUUGUCUGUGUCUGUGAGGUGGUGUCGGACACCCAGGCCUCCAGCAGUUCUCGCCCUGUCUUUUUGCUGGUCCGCGCUAUUAUCCGCGUGCUCGCAAAUUUAAAUUCGUGGCCUUCCUCCAGGGAGUGAGUAACGACCUGAGACAGCGGGCCGCCCCUCCGGAUUGCCCGUUUAUGCUCCGUUAUUCGCGAACUAAGCCGUCGUCCGGCCUGUCCUGUGUAGUGGCGAGGGCAGUCCUGGCAUGGGAUCUGAUAGUCGACACCCGAUUGUUCUUCUGCAUCCAGUCGCUCCUCAUUUGCAUGAUUUUGUUGCGCAUGGUCUCUGUCGGACGGUGAGCGAUAUCUGCGCCGAGCUCUUCAGCGAUAUGUCCCGUUGCUUCGGGCACAUAUGGCGGCUCUCCUCCGUUUGUUCGCCGUGGGCACGUGCGGAGGUAGCGGCUGACGAAGCUGUUUGGGUAUCCAUUCCUUGUCAGUUGCUCCCGAAGAUGUCGUAGUUCUGGUGCCCGUCCCUCCGGUUCACUGCAAUGCGUUUUUAUCGUUUAGAAAAUCGCCCCAACACUGCUGCGUUUAUGGGCCAUUGGGUGGUUACUAUGACAGUUGAGAAUCUGAGUCGUGUUAGUCUGCUUUCUGUACAUCGUGGUGCUGAAUUCGCCAUUGGGUGUGCGCGUGACGAUAACGUCAAGGAAAGGCAACUUUUCGGCAUACUCUUCUUUGUGAACUGAAUUUCGGAGAUUUCGUUAAGCAGGUCUUGGAAGUCUGCUAGUCUGCUUCUUUGAAUUCUAACAAGCGUGCCCUCUACGUACCAACGCCAAAACGGAGGUUCAUAGUGUUCGAAGGCAACUUUUUCCAGCUCCCGUAAGAUUAGUUUCACAACCACACUGGAUAUUGGCGAACGCAUCGAUGUUCCUUUGAUCUGCUUGUAUGUUCUGCCAUUGAAGGUGAAAGAGUUUUGUUGGCAGAAAGCAAAGAGUUGCAGUAAAUGGUUGAUUUUGAGAGGUCUGCUCGUUUCGUCGUAGUUCUCCUCGAGCUGUUUCUAUUAAACGUCGCGUGCUAUAUCCGGUUGGAUGAAUAUGAAUAGUGAAACCACGUCACAGGACAUCAUGAUUUGAUCUGGUCGCACAGUUCUUCUUCGGAUGUCGGCCAGGAAUUGGAUGGCCGAAUGACACUUGCUCGUCACGUUACCGUGUUAAAUGCCAUAAAACGACCUACUUGUAGCUAAUGUAGUAGGUCAUGCAUGUUACAUUUACCUUAAUGACAGCACUGGCGCCAGCUAAAAGCUCGGACACGUGUUUUGCCGGUUGUCUGCCUCCGCAUGGCACAGCUCCGAGGAGCUCCGCCGAUCAGUGGGUUGCCCAGCGUUACCCGUGUGUCCUCUGUUACGUACUCUAGUGGGCCGUCUUUUGAUUAACUGUGUCCAUUUCAGCCCGUCUCCCAGCGUUCUCCUUCCCUCCUUUUCAGAGGAUAAACUCCAGACCGACAAAGGCGAGUGUGCUAUCUGCUUAGAAGAUCUCAAGGUUGGUGACUCUAUCGCCCGCCUUCCCUGCCUUUGUAUUUAUCAUAAAAGGUAAGCUACUGUUUAUUUAUGUCCCCUAGGUGUUUGGAUCCAUACGCAUUAUUCCAGCCACCCGUUUAGGCGCUACUUUUUCGCACGAUCAUAGCGUUACCCCCUGCACUUUCCUUACUGUCGUUUUUUAAUGCCGGUCUUUAAACUCUUGCUUACUUACUGCUCAAGUCGUUACCCUCUUGGUUUUCAAGUAAUUGGCUAAACACAGCCUGCCUGCAUGUAAACAUACCCAUUGCCUCUCACACACGCACACAAAUUAUCGUGCGCUGUCCACCUUGUAGCAUUUAAAUUUGUGGUGUAUCGUUAGUUCAUAAGUGUCUCCACAAUCCUUUCGUGUAUGUGCUGUUCGGGGAGAAGCUAGGAGGGUAUUGCAUUUUCCGAAUGUUCUGUUAUUCUCUACACGUCACGCUGCUAACAUUUGUUCAUAGUAAUAAGGUUUUGUCCAGUACGUUUGUUCCUUUUGCAUUGCUUUUGUUUUUUUAUCCUGCCCAGCACUAUGGCAAGUCUCCUCUCGGUACACUUUUUACAUUUUGACAAAUUUGACAACCAACCUCUACUUCUCCAGUGGUGACCUUUUUGUCUGUGAUUUACUUUGCUGCAACCUAUUCGCAGACUUCUGGAUUUUUGAUUUAGCGACGAACUAUGCCGAAAGCGGGCCGACUUUUUACUGAUUUUGUAACUGAAUUCGGACACACAGUCUUCAUCUUUCCUACUGCUCCACAUUAAGUACUCAGAAAUCUGGUAGGGCAGAGAUAUGUGCACCUCACCUCUUCCUCUUACAAAGCAUACUGGACAGACAGCACAAAUAUGAGUUUACCUUUUUAUAUGUUUUAAAAGCACCACAUUUCCUCUCCUAAAAGGCCCCCUAUUGUAGGUGGACGGGAAAGGGAGUACAUACAUCCGUGUCCGACCAGAGAUAUUCUUCCGCGUAUAGGUGCUCCGUUUGUAACUAAUUUGCUUUUUUCCUGCAUGUGUUUCUGAUCCGCACGCCCUUUCGGCAAGUUGUGGGAUGAUAAAACGCGUUCGUUUUCGACCUGCUUUUUGACUCCUUGAAUUUGAAUUCGUUCAAGCUAGUUUGUACGCACUUCUUGAUCGAAGACAACUAGAUUAGGACUGACAAUUACAUAUGUUCUAACUGUUUUCUCAUAAGGUCUAGAUGGCAAAUAUUAAUAGAACUAAGCUUUUUCGCCUUUCCUAUUCCUCGAAGUACUUCAGUCCACGCAGGUUGACGCAUACAGGUGAGGAUCAUUCUCAUCCCUUUCUGAUCUGUCUGCCUUUCCAGGUGCAUUGAUUUGUGGUUUCAACGUAAGCAAACCUGCCCCGAGCACCCCGGUGACUAG